AUGAAGAAACAAAACAUCCGGACCCUCUCGCUCAUCCUCUGCAUGUUCUCCUACUUGCUGGUGGGCGCCGCCGUCUUCGACGCGCUCGAGUCCGAGACGGAAAGCUCCCGCAGGCGCGUCUUGGAGCAGAAGCGCAGCGAGAUGAAGAAGAAGUACCGCUUCUCCGAGGAAGACUACCGCGAAAUCGAACGGGUGGUCUUGCAAGCGGAGCCCCAUCGAGCCGGGAGACAGUGGAAAUUUGCUGGUUCUUUUUAUUUCGCUAUAACAGUUAUCACCACCAUUGGUUAUGGUCAUGCAGCACCAGGCACAGAUGCAGGAAAGGUGUUCUGCAUGUUCUACGCAGUACUGGGCAUUCCUCUGACUUUGGUCAUGUUCCAGAGCCUGGGAGAGAGGAUGAACACAUUUGUGCACUAUCUCCUCUAUAAGACCAAACAGUGUAUAGGCCUUCAACUCACUGAAGUGUCCAUGGAGAACAUGGUUCUAAUGGGAUUCUUAUCCUGUAUUGGCACACUAUGUGUGGGGGCUGCAGCUUUCUCUCAUUUUGAAGGAUGGAGCUUCUUCCAUGCUUAUUACUACUGCUUCAUCACACUCACCACAAUUGGCUUUGGAGACUUUGUGGCCCUGCAAAAAAAAGAGGACCUCCAGGAGAAAACCCCCUAUGUCGUUUUCAGCUUCAUGUACAUUCUGGUGGGGCUUACAGUUAUCGGAGCCUUCCUGAACUUGGUGGUUCUACGUUUCCUCACCAUGAACAGUGAAGAUGAGAAAAGAGAUGCUCAAGAAAGGGAGUCUCUGAAGAGGAACAGGCACGUUUUGGAUGGGGCUUUGAUCCUCCGUCUCAAGGGGGAGCAUGACCGAAACGACUGCAGACACAACAUGGCAUAUAGACACAGCCAGAGUCCGCUGUUCCUUCCGAUGGAGGAGGGUACGAGUCGCACCAACCUGAUCAGCUCCUCGGCAGACAAUCACAAGAGAAGGAAAAGCCCCUGCAAACAUAAGAUGCAUUUGCAGUUGACGACAGAUGCACGCAAGCCAGAGUCAAGCAUAAGCUCUUUGUGCUCCUGCAUGUGUUACCGCCUGGGCAUUUGUGAUAGCCCUCUCAUGGCCCGGAGUCAACAGAAAGGCUGCCAUGGCAGCUCUGUUUACUACAAUUCUGUUUCCUAUAGGAUCCACAACAGCUCGGCAGGCUCCAGGAACAAUACUGGAGUCUCUUUGCAUGGAAGCACACACUCAUCAGGGCGUCGCUUCAACGAGUUCCUUCGAUCAAGGAGAAUGUCAGUGUAA